GUUCCAGUCCUUUUCAAUAGUCUACCAGAGUAUUCGAUAGCAAGCUUUUUAGCCUAUAUCUAUCCCCAGUAUGGCUAGUACGACAGUGGAAGCGAAUAUGCGCACGGCCGGCAAUAUCAGUAAUCUGCCGCCAGAGAUUCUCAUCCACAUCAUGGAAACGGCCCUGCCGCGCAACGACCACCAGCUCCUCCCAGCCACUCACACGUGCGUAAAGACGCUGCUUUCAUGGCUGCUAGUCUGCCGAUUUACAUACCAACAGGCAUCGCGACUCCUCCGCGAUCGCUACGUCUACCUAGACUCUGAAUGGAAGCUAGACCGAGUGCUGCUGCACCUCUCACAGGCUGACCCAGCAUCGUCUCUCCCGCUGGUGUUUAGAAAUGUCACAAGCAUGUAUCUCGCACCAUUUGGGAAUCCGCGGCAACAUUUGCAGACAGUGACGCGGGUGAGAAAUCUGCUGUAUACGGUGUCUGGGACGCUGCGGCGGCUGGUGCUGGAGCUGCCCUCGGUAGAUGCCGACACGCACUCGAUCCAGAACAGGAUGGUUCUACAGGGCCUGCUGCAGCUGCAGAGGCUGGAGGAGUAUGUGGAAAUCGGAGAUUAUACAUGGCGAACGCUGGGCGAGCUAUCGACCCCGAGUUGGCCCGCUCUACGGCGUCUCACGUUUUGCGGUGACUGGUUCGUCAGCACGGAGCACAUUGGGGCGCUUGCGAGGUUUGCGCAUCUGGAGAGCAUAGUGUUUGCGGUUACGGAUUCGCAGGAUUUGGCUGCGAGGACGGCAAAUAUUAAGAAGGCGUAUUUUGAGCAGCGGGAUGGUGCUGCCACUGCCAUGGGGGGUAUAUCAUCAACAUCAACAUCAGCAGCAGCAGCAGCAGCAGCAGCAGCAGCAGCAACUACAGGAGUAGCAACAGCAGAAGUAGUAAAAGGGCGACAGCGUGGUGGAGGAAAGGAUAUACGGGUGACGCUAAUGGCUGUCGGGUGCGAGGUGUCAGAUUUAGUGACGACAGACUGGGAUAAGUGGGAUGCGGGGGAGACUAUGAAGGUAGAUGUGUUUACGGUGCCGGUGUCAUAUUAUGGCGAUGAGUCGGAGAGCGAGCUGGUGUGUAGUUGGGUUAGACGGGGUGCUUUGGAGGGGAGCAUAUGGGACUGGGGGGGGGAAGAAGUGCGUCAGCAGAAGACCGCUGCGCAGCAGCAGUAG